UGGGAUAAGAAUUAAGAUGUAUAAGAAAACAAAAAAGGAAAAGAAAAAAAAAAAGGUAAUUGUAGAGAAAACUGAACCCGUGUAAAAGAAAGGAAAUAGGCGUAUCUUACACGCAAACCCGUAAAGUACGCGGUUUCACCGCCGCCCCUAAACCCUUUAAAACCACCACACCUCUACCUUUCUUAUUCCUCCCCAAUUCUCUGUGACCCUAGCCCUCGCCAUCGCCAUCGCUCUCACUAUCGCUCCCAAUCAAUUGGGCUUUCUAAUUCUUAGUCUUCUUCCUGUGAAUUUCUUACUUUAGGGUAAAUUCCAAUACCUCACCUUUUCUCGUUCAAUUUUCUCUGGGUAAAUUAGGGUUUUGCUUUGACGAAGACUCCGUAGAAAUUAACCCAUAACCCAUUACUGCGAAUUUUAGAUUUAUUUGGUCAAGAAACCUUCAAUUAGGUGGAGUCCGAAUCCAAUUGGGAAAACGAAAAGACGGAUUCCCGUUUCCUGUUUCUUCACGCAAUUGACAAGUUUCCCUUUCCGACUUGGGAAUAGAUAGAAUUCCUAAUCCUAAUUGGAAGUCUUCGAAUUCUAUAAAGGAUUACCAGGACUUUUGGGUCUGUGUUAACUAGUUCUUGAUGGCUUCUUCUCGCCGCAUUUUCGUUGGGAACAUCCCUUAUGAUGCCACCGAGCAACAGGUCAAGGCUCUCUGCGAGGAGGUUGGCCCUGUUGUGACUUUCAGAAUGGUUACAGAUAAAGACACCGGGAAGCCAAAGGGUUUUGGGUUCUGUGAGUACAGGGAUGAAGCGACGGCGUUUAGUGCGCUGCGAAAUCUUCAGGAUUGUGAGCUCAAUGGCCGGCGUUUGAAGGUUAAUUUUGCUGCUAAUGAUAAGGCCAAUCAUCAGCCGAUUGGUCUCCAAGCAGCUGUUGAUGCAGCCGCCGCAAUGGCGGGAGCUCUAGGCGGUUCUCAGCAGCAGGCAUUGGCUAAUGAUCCUUUGACAGUCCAUCUGUCCAAAAUGUCGAGGAAUCAGUUGGCGCAAAUGGUCUCGGAGAUGAAGGGAAUUGCUGUGGAAAAUCAGGAGAUGGCUCAGGAGCUGUUGCUUGCAAAGCCGCAGUUAAACAGGGCUCUGCUUCAGGCACAAAUGAUGCUAGGAAUGGUCACACCACAAAUGUUGGGACAGGUUAAUAUGAGGCCAAUGCUUCCCUUCAAUAAUGGCCAGCCGCAGCAGCAGCAGCUCGUUCCCAAAUCGGAACCAGUACAGAUCUCGGAGCCUCAGACUCUGGUCACCCCACAAAUGAUGCAAAAGAGGUCAAUGCCUCCAUUGAAUAUGGGCCAGCAGCAGCAGCAGCAAGUUCCAAAAUCAGAACCAGUGCAAAUCUCUGAGCCUCAGAUUCUUCCAACGGGGGUGGACCCUGCUUUGUUGCAACAAGUUUUGAGCCUACCUCCCGAAACGGUGGCUUCAUUGGCACCCGAACUGCGACAACAGGUCAUUCAACUCCAACAGAUGUAUAGGCAAGAUCAGAGGAUCCCUUGCAGCAGUGGAUGAGCCUUAUCAGUAACUUGGUUAGAAUAGGAUAAGCGUUUUGUUUAUCUGCUGUCACAAUGUAAAAAUCUUCAUGUACUUGUCCUUUGGUCCAAACAUUAACGAGAAAUACAGCUUAUUUUCAAAUUCA